AUGAAGAUCUUCAGUUGGAAUGUUAGAGGACUACGGUCUCGUAGGAAAAGGGACGUAGUUAAAGAUAUUUUGAAAACGCAACAACCAGAUGUAGUGAUGUUUCAAGAGACAAAGUGUGAGGAGUGUGAUAGGGUUUUUAUUAGGAGUGUUUGGGGGACUCGAUUUAGGAGAUGGGCUGUUUUGCCUUCUACAGGGAGAUCCGGGGGAAUUUUGAUUAUGUGGGAUGAUAGAGUCGUAUCGGAGUGUGAGGUAGUUGUUGGGGUAUUUUCAUUGUCUAUUAAAUUUAGGAAUAGGGAUAAUAAGGAAUGGUGGCUCACAGGGGUUUAUGGUCCUAAUAGACCCUGGAGUCGGCAAGAUUGGUGGGAUGAGUUGGGAGGAUUAUUUGGGCUUUGUACUCCUAAUUGGUGUGUGGGUUGGGAUUUCAAUGUGGUUAGGCUCGCUUCGGAAAAACUCAAUGGGGUUUCUACCAACAGGAGUAUGCGGGAUUUCGAUUCUUUUAUAAGGGAGUGUGAGUUGAUUGAUCCUCCCUUGAGUAAUGCAAGGUUCACCUGGUCUAAUCUUCAGGAAAAUCGGGUGUGUCGCAGAUUGGAUAGGUUUCUUCAUACUUUAGGAUGGGAGGAGUUAUUUCUGAACAUAAGGAAAGAGGUAAGGCCUAGAGUAGUGUCAGAUCAUUUUCCCGUGAUUCUUGAGAGUUGUCCCUUUAAAUGGGGUCCUUCCCCAUUCAGGUUCGAGAAUAUGUGGUUGGAAAAUCGAUCUUUUAAGGAGUUCUUUAGAGAUUGGUGGGAAAAUGGUAGAGUCCAUGGAUGGGAGGGCUUUAAGUUUAUACAAAAGUUGAGAGGUGUCAAGGAUAAUUUAAAAGUUUGGAAACGUGAAGGUUUUGGGGAUUUAGGUGCGGUGAAAAUGGGGUUAGUUCGGGAUAUUGAGGAAUUAGAUGUGAAGGAGGCUGGGGAGGGUUUAUCUAGAGCAUUAAGGGAAAGGCGGUCUAUGCUCAGAAUGAAACUGGAAGAGAUUGUUUUUGAGGUCAAAGAGCUAAGUUGA